AUGAAUGGAAUACGAUUCUUCUCAGGUCAUCUACCAAAAAGAUAUGAUAUUCUCCAAAUAGCAUUCCGAUUCACGAGUACAUUGGUGCUAGCUGAACAUACCGGUGAUAAGCUCAAUCCGAUAACGUUAAAUGCUGUUAACGCUGCUUUAAAAUUAGGUGAAAUAUCGGUACUUGUAGCUGGUACCAAUAUCACUAACAUUGCUGAACAGGUAGCAAAAGUGGAGCAAGUUAAACGAGUAUUUAUUGCUGACCAUGAGAAACUGAAACAUCAACUUCCAGAGUAUGUUGCGAAGACUGUAGAAACACUUCAAAAACAAUAUAAAUUUGACUAUAUAGUAGCAGGAGCUUCAACAUUUAGUCGUGAUAUACUACCAAGAGCCGCCGCUCAAUUUGAUUCUGCCCCUGUCACCGAUAUCAUUGCUAUUCAUAAUAGUGAUACUUUCACGCGACCUAUUUAUGCUGGGAAUGCCUUAUGCAAGAUAAAAACCACUGCUCCGGUGAAAUUCUUGACUUUCCGAGGAACAGCAUUCAAACCAGCCAAAGAAUCUGGUGGUAAUGGCAAAAUUGAAAAGGUACCAGAAGCAGAUUUUUCAUUCGAUGGCGUAGAAUUUUUGUCACAAGAAUUGCUUAAAUCGGAACGACCAGAUUUACAAAGUGCAAAAGUGAUAGUUUCGGGAGGUCGUGGUGUCGGUUCAGCAGAUAAUUUUAAAAUUAUUUAUGAAUUGGCUGAUAAAUUGAAAGCAGCAGUAGGUGCGUCACGUGCAGCAGUUGAUGCUGGUUACGUUUCGAAUGAGUUGCAAGUUGGACAAACUGGCAAAGUUGUUGCGCCGGAAUUAUACAUAGCAGUUGGUAUCAGUGGUGCCAUUCAACACACAGCAGGAAUGAAGGAUAGCAAAAUUAUUGUAGCUAUAAAUAAAGAUUCGGACGCUCCGAUUUUCGAAAUCGCAGAUAUUGGACUCAAAGCUGAUCUCCAUAAAGUUGUUCCGGAAUUAAUUGAGGCACUAUAA